UAGUUUUUUUUUUUGAAGAGUUGGCAACACUGGUAAUGUUUAGUAUUAAGAUUGUUUACUGAAAUUUGGGGCAGACUUUUAUUUAUUUUGAUUGUCGAGAGCAUGGGCAAGCACAGAAACGCGGCCCAAGAUGCAGUUUUUGUCGCGUUCAUGGAGCGACAUCCAAUUAUAGCAAAGAAUUACUUAAAGGGAGACAAGCAGGCAGCAGAGGAGGCCUGGAAAAGGCUCUCGAAAGAGCUGAACAACGUUGGACCACCGCUGAAGGACACCAGCCAAUGGAAACGAGUGUGGAAGGACUGGAAGAGCUGCAUUACAAAGAAGAUCACCAACAACCGGCUGGAAGACUCAAAAGUCAGUGGAAAAUGGUCGCUGUACCAGGACACGCUAACGCCGCUGGAGGACGCUGUAGCUGUAAUUUCCGACUUGUAUGACAUGGCCGACACCAUUGUGGAAGCUCGGCCCAACCCAAGAUCUUCGGAUAUGUCCAACAGCAGCGUCUCGUCAUCGUUACGGAAUAUAAAAAAGGACCAAGACGACUGCCCGCUUACGGAUAAAGAGGACUGCGAAGAGGAGAAGGAGGAGGAAGUCGAUGAAGAGGACUGCGACAAUCCAAUCAGUGUUCGGAGUUUAAGACCCGGCCGGCGUACAAACACCAGCACCAUACAGACGACCCCAAAGAAAAGAAAGCGGGUUCAUGAAGAUGCGCUUUCGCUGGAGCAAGACACCGCCGUUCCCGUACUAAUGGACAUAGCCAAGGAGUUGAGGGAUUUGAGUCGUCAAACGCGCCUAAAUGCACAGCGAAGUGAAGCUAACACUCAGGCUUUGCUGGCACUUGGCACCCAGAUAUCAGACCUAAUGCAACAGCAGCUCAGAGAACGCAAGCGGCUCAACGUUAUAAUGGAGAAAUUUGUUUUAAAAAUGGAAUCUGCUGAAUAGAGCCAAUGAACGACAUACAUUUUCUUCGCAAAUAUGAAUUUAAGUUUAAUAAGGUGUUAGUGUUCGUAUAUCCACUACACCAUAAGUGUUCGUGCUCCACUACGCUUCGUUCCUUAGCCUCGGCAAUGGUAGUCCCCUCCACUGUCUCAGUUUAAGAACUGGCCAUUCCCAUCUCAAGAUUUUGGGAUUAAACAUUAUAUAUUUAAA